CCUUCUUGUGUUCCAAUGUUUAUGUGACAUUCUCUGUUCUUUAUCCUUUCUUAUUUUUUAACUAUUAUUUUGUUAAAACCUUGAUUGAUUUAUUGAUUUUUCUACUCCAAUGUCUGUUAAUGGAGCUGGCGGUGUAGGUUUGAAAACUCAAGUCGGUUUUGUAGAUCCUAUAAAUAGUCUGUUGGUAUAGUGCCAACAUCCCCCUCUCUCCUCUCACUCUGCUCUGUCCUGGCCAGUGUGGGAGCCUUCCCUCCUUGUAACUUUCAGUUGUAGGGAUGGGCUAGCCAUUUUUUAUCCAAAUUAUCUAUUCGGCACGAAGGAUUUUAACAUGGUGCUGUUAUUAGAGUAUGACUCUGCCAUCAUUGAAGUCAAAGAUGAAAUGCCAGAAGGAGAUGGACAGAGAUUUUCAAUCUCACUUCCUCCAUCAUCAUCUGUUCAAGAACUCUUUUCCACCGUUAUGGAUGGUCGUAACUACAGUCCAGAGUCGUAUGAUUUGGUGCUUGUGAAAGAAUGGGGUGAAUCCGAAGUAGACAGGAAUUGUGAAAAGAGUUUAAAGGAAGUUGGUCUCUCAUUUGGAUCAGCAAACAAGAAUCUGUUGAGGAUCAUACCCAAAACUGCCACUAACCCAUCCAUUGUGAUUAGCCUUGCUAACAAAGGGGGAAGCAACUCAUCUAGACGUCGAUUACGAGCAAAAAGUGACUGCAGGGAUACAAAACAACUUCGGAUUACCACUUGCGCCCGGAAAAUUGGAUACGUCGGUCUUGUGAAUCAAGCCAUGACAUGUUACUUGAAUAGCCUCUUGCAGGCAUUGUUCAUGACACCUGAAUUUCGUAACUCUCUCUACAAAUGGGAGUUUGUGGGAUCCUUAGAAGAGACUCCAAAAUCUAUUCCCUAUCAACUUCAGAAGCUGUUUUUAAAUUUGCAGACAUCCUCACGCACUGCUGUUGAAACAAGUAAAUUGACGAAGAGCUUUGGAUGGGAUGCAAGUGAUUCAUGGCAACAGCAUGAUAUUCAGGAACUAUGCAGGGUGAUGUUCGAUGCUCUUGAACAAAAGUUUAAGGACACCGAUCAAGCUGACUUUAUCAACAAUCUGUACCAGGGAAAAUUGAUUGAUUAUGUCACAUGUUUAGAAUGCAAAACUGAAAAAACUAGAGUGGAUACUUUUCUAGAUAUUCCACUACCAGUCCGUCCUUUCGGUAGCACUGUAGCAUACAACAGUGUGGAAGAAGCAAUGCGUGCAUUUAUUCAGCCAGAGACCUUAGAUGGAAAUAAUCAGUAUUUUUGUGAGACAUGCAACAAAAAAUGUGAUGCCCAUAAAGGUCUGAAGUUUUCACACUUUCCAUAUAUUUUAACUCUCCAUCUCAAACGUUUUGAUUUUGAUUAUAAUGCAAUGACACGUAUCAAGCUGAUAGACAGGGUUGAAUUCCCCCAUGUUUUGAACAUCAAUGGGUUUCUUUGUGAUGAAUCCAAAAGUUCUCUAAGUAAAGAGAUACCUGGGGUAGUUUCUGAGGGUGAAAUUUCCAAUAAUGGUACUAAGACAGAGGAUGGAAGCAUAAUCGAUAAUGUUUCCAAUGGAGAUGAUGAGGGCUGUCAAGCGGCAGAGCCUUCACAUGAGUCAGCAAGUGGCAGCAACAGCAGUGGCAGCAAUGUAGAUAUCCAGGACUAUGAUGAGGGAAUUGAUCUUAGCAAUGGCACACUGAAUCUGCUUGAGAAUGAGAAGAAUCAACGCCUCAAAGAAGGAGAUGGACCUCCAGGCCCAUACAUUUAUGAACUUUUCUCAAUCAUGAUUCACUCUGGGAGUGCAUCUGGUGGGCACUAUUACGUGUACAUCAAGGAUUUUGAUAAAGGUGAAUGGUUUUGCUUUGAUGACCAGUCUGUCAGCAGGAUUACAAAUGAAGACAUAUCUAUGACAUAUGGUGGUGGCAGUCACCGAGUGUAUUAUUCUGGAGCUCAUAGCUCCAGUACCAAUGCAUACAUGCUAAUGUAUCGUCAAAUUGACAAGAAAUGUAAUCAAUCGGCAAUGACUAUUGACAAGUUUCCUCCACAUAUUUCUGAACUUGUCAGAAAAAUGCAGGAAGAAGAGGAAGAAGAAAGGAUAAUUCGCGAGCGUGAUAAAGAUCGCUUGAAAAUUAAAGUUUAUUUUCACCUUCCAGGUGAAAGCAAUAGAUUUGAAACCAAGCUUGUGAUUGAUGGAGACACUACUCUUGCUGAAGCCACUGCUAUCGCACAUAAUUUAUUCAUUCUAGAUGGUGUUGUUCCCCUUGAAAGGUGUAGACUUGUUAGUUAUGAUAGUACUAAUGAAACCAUGGACCUGAGCUUUGAUGGUCAAGAUGGAGAACCUAUGAGCUAUGUGUAUUCUAGUAUUCAAAAUCCUUUGGCUCAGAGUUUAUAUCUUGAAAUCAGAGAGCCUGAUGCUCAAUUCGAGCCAUAUCGUCCAGGAGGCAUUGGAAUUAAAGUUCACCUAGUCAACAUGGAAACAGAAGAAGUUGAACCUCCUGUAGAAGUUCGAACUCAGUUGACAACAUUGAUUGGAGAGAUGAGACCUAAAAUUGCAAAAGCUCUCAAACUCUCUCCAAAAAUAAAAAUUAUGAUGGAAGAAUAUGGCGAAAGUCCAAUUGAACUUGACGAUGAGAAGACUUUACAGAGUGCUGGCUUUUAUACAAGCAACAAGAUUUUUGUGGCUGAAGAAAUUGAUCAAAGUGCUGACUUCCUGGAUAAAAUGACUGCAGUUAUUGAAAGGUUCAGCAACACUAUUACCUUGUAUUGUACUCUACCUGAUGCUGACAAAGAGAGUCUUGCAAAAUUAGGUAUUCCUCCUUUAGCAGUCUCAGACAACAGUAAACUUACAAAUGGAGAUCGCGAGGCUGCCUGUGAAUCUAUUUGUAACUCACAUGUACUGACUAAAAGCACAUCUCGUGGGACAUCACCUCAACUACCCCCUCUUGAAGGUGAAGAAGAGUGUCUUGCAAACACAGUCUGCAGCGAUCAAAGUACAAGUGAAGAUAGUAGUCUAACUGAUAGUGAUAGAACUAUCGUUGGAGAUGAAGCUGACUAUUGGACUGAAGUAUCUCCUGUUAGCAAUUCUCCAUCUGAAGAGAAGGAUCCUUCAUCAAUGAAAAUUAAGAGAGAAGGAAAUGUAGGAGCAUCUGAAAAGGAAGGAGAUAAUGCAACUGAUGAUGAAUUUUGCAACAAUGGCUAUUAUUAUCUUAAGAUUUAUCCAUACAAAAUGCAAGAUUCUAAAACUAUGGUUCGUAUACAAGUGGACAAGCGCAUGGUGAUGGGCGCACUUAAAGCUGCACUUGCUCGGCAUAUGGGUAUUGCCUCUGAUUAUAUUAAGCUAUUCCGAAAAUGCAAGAGCAAUGAGUUCCCAUAUUCAAAUGUAAAUGACCCAUUAAGUAAAUUGUGUGAUGUUGAACACAUUAUAGUCCGCUUGGAAAGAGCACUACGUCAUGGGGAAUAUCGAGGAAAAGUCUUCCAGCUUUUCGCUAAUGAUGAAGAACCAAUGAAAUUUUUAUGUGACUGGAUUCUUACCAAAGAUAUGCUUGUUGGUGAAGCAAAGAAGAAUAUUUUAGAGGAACUGGCCUGGAGGAAUGAGCUCUAUAUUCCAUCUGAUGAUAGGUGCCGUUUACGUAUGAAAAAAUGGAAGAAUCCUGGGAAAAUAUUAUUGGAUUCUCAGUCAUUUCAAGAUCUUUGUUUAACACCUAACUGGGAACUUUGCCUACAAGAGUUAAAUGAACCGGAAAAUGUAACAAGUCCAUCUCAAGUUACUUUGAUGGUUAAACAGUUCAAGAGUAACAGUGAUAUCUUUGAAAUCACGCUUGAAAAUCCAUUAUUUGCUGAAUUGAGAGAGAAGCUCAGCGAAAUAAGUGGAAUCCCACUGGAAUCAUUGGAAUUUGCUAGACCUCUGGGAAGUUUCCCUUACAACCAACACCGACAUAUAAAGUGUUAUCGUCAGGAAAGGAAUGUGAGUCUGCAGUGGGAAACCAUUUGUAGUUGUAAUUUAGAGGAUGGAACAUUUUUGUACUACAGAAACAAAGAUGCGGAUGGGGUUUUAGAGUGUAAUGGUGAAUUGACUGGUUUAAGGGAUACACUCAGACGAAAUUAUAGGUGCCUUUCAAGGAGAGCCAGGGCCAGUGAUGCUGAUAGUUCAUUGGACCAAAACGACCAAGAAUCUGGUGCAGAUUCAGAAUCCUUAAAUACUGAAUAUCGUCAGAUACGCUUCAUGAAACCUCAUCGAAAGGAUGGAAACAAAGACGGAAAGGCACUAAGAAUAGUUGUGAGCCCAACACCAACUUGUAUUAAAGAAAAUGUUGGAUAGUUUACUUCUUUAAUGAAGGAUAGUUUAACUAUGACAUUUUGUUUUGAUUGAACUUACGUAAUUGUUAAGUUAUGUGAGUGCAAAACAUUACCUUUUAACUGCCUAACAAUUUUCAAAUCAUUUGCAAUGUGUGCUUUGUGUCCUCACCUCUUUGAUUAAAAUGUCCUUUUGUCUAAUGCAUUUUUAGUUGUAUGUACCUACAGUAUGUAUUUUCUCUUUACACAAAGCUUGUGCGGACUGACAGAAAUGCUUUUAGAUCAUUAUUUCCUACAUACAAGCAUUUCUGAUGUUUCUGUUUCAUUAUUUUCUCUUCUCAUUUGUACAAUUGUGAUUGGUUUUCGUUUAUCUGUUGCUUUUGAUUGUCAUAAACGAACUACAGUAAAAUUAGUUCUAGCUUGCAUUAUUCUAUGACAAUUAUGUGAUAGAUUUCAAAUGUAAAUGUGAUAAAAAUUAGUUUUGAUCAGUAUUUUUUUUUUUUUAAUACGGUACAGCACAAACAUAUUUUUCUGUUAUUUGUUAACCAUCUCAGGGUUGUGUGAUGUCAUAACUUAUUUAAAUAUGUAGCUUUCAUUUUAGUUUUCUCUCAUUUUAGCAUUCAGAUGAGUGUACCGUACCUCGGUGUUACUGUUUUCUAUUAUUUGCAGUAUUUUAUUCUUCCUUAACUUUGUUACAUUUGUGAGCUGUUCAAAGGCAUGUAGAUACCCUAAAAGCUGUUUGUCAUGUUUCGUAAUAGUUUCUAGUGAAUGACGUUAACUGAUUUAUUCAAAUUGUUAUGUGCAUUGUCUUAUUGCCUUGUUGAAGAAGUGCCAGUCUUUGUUAUUUGCAUUGGUAUGACCCACAAGCUGAUGAGAUAUUUAGUCUAGAAAUGUGAAAAUCGUGCCAUAAUUAAUUUCUGUCCAUGCUGUACAUAUCAUUUUAAGUAUGUAUAAUUUUGUAAAUGUUUAUAACAUUUUCACAUGUAACACAAGCAUUUUGUAAGAAUCUCAACUAUUGUCACAUUUGUAUUUGGCUGGACUCCAUACUGACUGCAAGCAUUAAGCUUUAAAUGCCACCUUUGUACACUGAAAACCCAACAGUGUGCCAGUAACCACUCUGUUUAAUCAGCAUGUGCUAAGUACACCGUUAGAUGUUGAGUGUACUUUUAUAUCAUAUAUGUUCAGUACUUAAUAUUUGACACUUAACAAUUUUGGGUUUGAAGAUUGUUCUUUAACUUCAUUUUUGUUGUGAUUUGCAACUGUUAACAGUGCAUGUGCUGUGAUGAGACCCAUAACCAGCUGUCUUUGAGUGCUUCUCUCCUAAUGGUACUUUACAUUUAAUUGUAACUUUUGUUUUGUUUUGUUUUUCUUUGUACAUCAUACAUACAAGAGCUCUUGUUGUCUUCUCCUAAAUAAUGAAUCUUUGUGUUACUAGUAUUGUUAAAACCAUGAAAGAAACAGACGAAAAUGUUUCAUGUCUUAUGUAUUGCACGAAAUUUGCCCUACAUAUCUUAUAUGUUCAACUUUCAGAGAAUUUAGUAUCAUUCUGUCAUUUUAGUACAAAGUUAAAAUAUCUUAUUUGACUUGCACAAUAUAUUUUCUUUUCAUCAUAGACUGAUAAUUUGAAACAACAUAUUUAGUAAGUUUAUAAAUAUUUUAAGGUUUUUCCCAUUUUGUAAAAAUAUUUCAUAGAAAGAAAAAUUGAAAGGUACAGUGCCAAGUACGGUGGCCUGCCUGUAUUGUGAAUAGCAAACUGGAAAUGUACUCCUUCAGCUGAAAUGUCUGGAAUGAGUUCUUCACAUCAUCGUCCUUAUGAAUAUAUGUACCGUUGUCACAUGUAGAAAGAAGAUCAAAAGAAUCGAACAGUAAGUUUUGCAGGGUAUUUGCUUAAAUCAUCUCAUUAUUUUCUCUGAGAUGAUUUUUUUCGUGAUAUUUUUUGUCCUUUGUGAAUAAAAGAAAUGAUUAUUUCUCA